AGAAAUUGCAAAUUCAUUUGUAGUGAAUUUGUAAAACAGUUUACCAUUUGUUUAUAAUUGAAUGUUUUGAUUAAAAACUAAGCAAACUCAAAAUGCGAUCUACACAACAAAUAAUUUAGUUUUGUUGUAAUCUUUAGUGUCAAUUAUAGUGUUUUGGCAAGAAAAUGACAGAUCCUUGGCUAGUUCAAAACUCAGGCCAACAGAAUAAUUCGGUUGAGAACGGUACAAGGGAAAACGGUGUGCAUCAACAGCAAGGCGAGGAAAAACUUGAAAAAGCGCUUUUGGAAUUUGAGGACAACUUCACACCUACUCCAGCAAAAAACCGGAGCGACAAACCGUCAACUUCAACAAAGAUUGACGGAAUCAAUAAACCUGAUCAUUGCCUUGAACCUUUGCCUGAUUCUGACAAUUACUUACGUGGACUCGAAAGAAAAUUGCAAAAAAUCAAAAAAGGUGCUAAUUUAGUGGAAGCCCUAACUGAGAAGCGUAACGACUGUCUUCGUCAACUACUGAAUAGUGGUGACGCCGAUAACAACAAUGAAGUGUUAGCCUUAGAACAACCUUUGAACAACAUUGAAUUCUAUAGACAUCUUCAACCAGUACAGGCUUUAUCUGUUGGUGAACUGGUCCAUAUUGUCAAACACGAUCAGUUACAACAAGAUCCAGCCCAAAAUACCUCCGACCAGCACCAAGAAUUGGAUGAGGAAGACAAAAAGGAAAUAAAAUAGUAUUAGAAAGUUAAAUGAAAAUGAAUACACAAUUCGGCGAAGUUUUUCUCUUUCUAACCGAUUUGGCUUGGAAAAGUAGAAUAACUAUACCGAUGCUAGUGACAACAGUCUUUCUCAUUAUGGAUAUACGUUUGCAAAUAGAAAUCAACAUACAAACCGGGCAGGCAGCUGCGGAUUUAGAUGAGCUUGAUGAUGAUUAUGAUGACGAUGAUGACGACGAUGAUGAUUCAGAAGAUUAUACUAGUGAAGGCUCGAGUGAUGAAGAUGAGAAUGCAAAUAUGUUUAUGGAAUUUGCACAUGAGCACAAUCAGCAGGAUAAUAAUAGCACUGCUAAUCGCUGGAGGCGUUCCUUAGGCUUGAGUUAGUUUUUGUUUUUGUAAUAAAUGUGUAAAAUUUACUAUAUUUAUCAAUAUUAAAUUUCAUUAUAUACAAAAAUAAUACAUACCUUUACUAUUAUCUUCAUAAAUUUAUUAUUAAAUAAUAUGCUUAUGAAUUAAAAUGUU